CGACACGUCGUGGUGGGCGCCCACGCUGCGUCCCUUUGCAUCGUCUCGGCUCCACACCAUAGUCCUCCGCCUCCAGGCUCCAACACCACACCAUAGUCACGCUAGGGACCAGUACAGGAGUAGGGAAGCAUCUCUCACAUCGAUCGACGAGCGGCGCUAGCUUGGAGCCUUGGAUCCAUGGAGUCCCCGCAGAAGAAGGCUGGAUCCAUGGAUGGCACUGGCAGCGAGAAGACGCCUCUUCCUCAUCUGCUACCGGUGACCGUGGCGAAGAAGACGCCUCGUCCGGAUGUUGUCCGAGAGGUCAGCGAGUGGGUGCUCGUGACCGCCUUCUCCUUCGCCUUCGCCUUGGUGUUCUCCUUCGGCUUGGCCUACGCACUCGAGCUCUUCCACGUCCAGUGCAGCCAGUCCUCCCUCUUUCUUCGGUGCGGCCUGCUGACGGACGCGGAGGAAGCUGUGAUGAACGCCCUAGGUAUCGGGAUGCUGUGCUGCGUCGCGCUCCAGGCGGCCGCAGCGGCGCUGGCGCUGCGUCUCCAGUGCCGCCGUCGCUGGGUCCGCCGUGCCCUCGCCUACCUCGCGCUCGCGCUCACCAUCGGCGGCCACUGCUUCUACGCCGCGCUAGCCCGCCUCUUCCUCGUCGCCGACCCAGGAGACCUCUUCUUCAGGAUCUGCUCAACCGUGGGCAUCUUCGUCUGCGCGGCGGGAGACACCAUCAGCUUCCUGGCCCUCAUCCUCGGCCGCGAGUAGGACUGGGAAGCAGGGCAAGCAGCGGAUCAUGUCUAUGGAUCCUCUCAUGACUCGUGAGGUACUGAUGAUGAGAGAUUGAUGAAUAUUGAGUGCAAUAACGUAGAGCGUGCAUUAUGCUAGCUGCGACGAUUGAUCGAGUGCCCUGCCCUAUGUUUGUGUGAAUUUACUAGUGUACUGCCUUAUCUUUGAUGCAGUAGUAUUUGACCUUUUCUCUAUAUGACCAGACAUCAUUUAUAUGCUUAUUUGUGCAGCUUAUCUGUGUGAAUUUAUUAGUGUACUGCCCUAUGUGUGAAUUACUGAAUUCUGGUCGUCUUUGAUACA